ACUUAGACUCGCAAAAAAAAUCCUCUCAAUGAACACCAAGGAGGCUGCUUAACCCUAUGGGUUUCUACUCUUCUUUGUGGCCCCAAGGAGGUUCAGCUAAUCAUUUAAAGGGGAAGCAUGACAGCAAUGACAGUAUUUUUUCCCUUGGAUACAGCUCGACUUCGACUUCAAGUUGAUGAGAAAAGAAAGUCCAAAACGACACACAUGGUGCUCCUGGAGAUCAUUAAAGAAGAAGGCCUCCUGGCACCAUAUCGAGGGUGGUUUCCAGUUAUCUCCAGUCUCUGCUGCUCCAAUUUUGUCUAUUUCUACACUUUUAAUAGCCUCAAAGCAGUCUGGGUCAAAGGUCAACAUUCUACUACUGGAAAAGAUCUGGUAGUUGGAUUUGUUGCAGGAGUGGUGAAUGUGCUGCUAACAACUCCACUCUGGGUAGUAAACACCAGACUGAAGCUGCAAGGGGCAAAAUUUAGGAAUGAAGACAUUGUACCAACCAACUACAAUGGUAUUAUUGAUGCUUUUCACCAGAUCAUUCGCGAUGAAGGAAUCCUGGCUUUAUGGAAUGGCACAUUUCCCUCCUUGCUGUUGGUCUUCAAUCCUGCCAUCCAAUUCAUGUUCUAUGAAGGUUUAAAACGGCAGCUUUUAAAGAAACGAAUGAAGCUUUCUUCUGUGGACGUGUUCAUCAUUGGCGCAAUAGCCAAAGCCAUUGCCACCACGGUCACCUAUCCUCUGCAGACAGUACAGUCAAUUCUGAGGUUUGGACAUCACAGACUGAACCCAGAAAACAGAACACUGGGGAGUCUUCGGAACAUUCUCUAUCUUCUUCACCAACGAGUAAGGCGUUUUGGAAUAAUGGGACUCUACAAAGGCCUUGAAGCCAAACUGCUGCAGACAGCCCUCACUGCUGCUCUCAUGUUCCUCGUUUAUGAGAAACUGACGGCUGCUACCUUCACAGUCAUGGGGCUGAAGAGCGCACACAAGCGCUGAGGCACCUUCCACUGCCAGGCACUCAGAGAUGCUCAAGACAGGGGAUCCUUCUCUGUGGAGAGAAGCGGUUCCCCUUUUACUUGCUCCUUCCACUGAGAAUUUUACCCUCAUUGGCUUGGAAUGCAUCUAAGUUUACACAUGGAAUAUAGCCAACUUGACCUGUUACCAACUUAGUUUUAUGAUGGUUGGUUGAAUUUUGUGGGGGAGGUUGGGCCAAUGGCCAUAUGAAAAGAAAACAUUAUUGAAAACUUAAAAAUGAAAGUUUAUGGGGGUUUAUUGGUUUUUUUGAGGGGAAUGGACUCUUGCUCUCAUGUAUAAUCUUUUCCAAGUAGAGUCUUUUUUUAGAUUUGCCAGAUGGUCCCUUUCCCUUGAACCCUCCCCCAGGUCCUAGGGCAAAUUUGCUACCAUGUAAUUCUCCUCAUAUACUUUUGUAUGUCUUCAUCUUGGUAUUUUCUUCACUAAAAAUGUUAUGACUAUGCCAUAAGCAUGACUUUAUUUUUCUUGGCAUUUUUUUCCUCCUGCUUAAGGAAAAGUAUCUUCUUUAGUGUGUGAGCUAUUUAUUUUGUGGGGGAAAUGAAAAUUAUUAAUUCCAAAUGAUUCUCUUAUAAACUAUUUGUAAAUAUCACUUAUUUAGUAUUUGACAUAAUUUUAAAAUAUUUAUUUUGAAUCAACCUUUUCACUACAAAACUUGAGGUUUUAUGUUCAUCCAUAUAGGCCCCAAUAAAUUGUCGGCACAAAAGUCAUUCUUAAAAGUUGCCCCUUAUAGUAUUACAUUGAGUUUACAAGCAGCUGGUAAAAAUCACAGAAGAGGGAGCAGAUACCUUGUUUAGGCUCUGGAAUAUUAUAAACUCUUGGUAGAGACUGUAUAUUUUGAGAAUAAACUUGAUUGAGGUUAUUUCUAUUUGGAAACAUUCCUUAGAGUCCUGCUACUCAAAGAGUGGUGCCUCAAGCAAUAGCAUCGACAUCACCUGGGAGCUUAUUGGACAUGCAGUCCCAGAUCUUCUGAAUCAUAUUCCUCAUUUUAAUAAGAUAUCUAGGCAAUUUGUACUCUCACAUCAAAGUUCAAGAGACCUUAGAGCUCUUGACCCUGCAGAAGAUACAGUUGGUUUCAAUUAUGGAAGAAACCAAGACAAAGAUUGUUCUCAAAGGAAAGAUAGACUAAUGUAUUAGAGCAACCUCUGAAAAAACUGGGAGUCCUAUGUCAUCAUUUACUUUCACCUCGUAGCACAUGUUCAGGUUCGUAGGACUUUUGUUAUGUGGCCAGCAAUGAAUUUAGACAUCUCAAGGCAUUCAGGAAGCAAACUCCCUUGACAUUAGUAGAACAACAGCUUAGUUCUACUUAGUUUGACUUCGUUUUUGACUUAGUUUUUGUCCCUAUAACACAAUGACAGGUUUUUCAUUUGUUAAGUCUAAUUCAUUCAGAGUCAGAGAGAGUAAUAAUCAAGUGUCUGUGGACUCCAGUAUUUAAAUUCAAUUUUGAGAGUGGAAAUUUCUUUCUCUUAUUUCUCCUCUGGUCCCUGUGGUAAUUUCAAAAUAUGUGAUUAUUAAACUAUUAAUAAUUGAAAGAUCAUUGUGUUGUUCUAGAAAACAAGAACUAAGAGGAACUGAUAAUCUGGGAGCUAGCCUGAGCACUCGCUUAUUUAAGCUAGAGAACUGAAGACAGAGAACUGGCCCCAUUACUACUUUUUAUUUUAUAUUAAGGUAUGUGUUGUGUUGGUGGCGAGGCUUGGGUGGGGAGCAUGGGAGAAGAAUGAUCAUAAAGGUACCAUGUGUACUUUUGUUACUAUUUUAAUUUUGAUGUUCACUUUGGAACUUGAAUUUUGAGCUCAGGGUAUCGUGUAUUGUUGGUAUGUUAAAAUAAUUUCCAAGUCAGGUUAUAUAGUUAUAUUAGAUGUUUAUGAUGUGAGAAUGUAUUUGAUGCUUCUUUCUUUUCUGAUUUUAUGAAGGAACAAUUUCAUAAUGUGGUUUAUAUUCCCUUUGGAAGCUUACAGACUCACUGCAUAGUUGAAACUAGGUAAUGAGUCACCCGGUUUUGUAAUCUUUGAUUAUUAAUAAGUUACUUGAGAAAACUAAGGAGCCGAAGUCUAUACUAAGGGAAUGGAAAAUUUUUUCUUUUUGAUUCUUUAUGAGGUUUCUUUAGAAUGUGAGGAUUAAGAGCCUUAGGGAUUAUGUUAGUGUCACCUCAGUAGAAAACUUAAUCUGUGUUUUUAAGUGGACACUAAUAUUUCCACCCUUGUCUAUUUUACAAUUAAGUUUGAAAUGCAGAAAUAGGAUUUACCAUAAGAACAAAAGCAGUGGGAGUUAGAAUCUUGGGUUUUAUUCCAAGCUCUGUCACUGACUAGCAAGUUACGUCAUCUCCUUGUGCUUCAGCUUUUUGAUAAGUGGAGAUAAUAAUACUCACUACCCACUUCAGAGGAUAUUUGAGAGCUAAUGAUGUCAGCUAAUUCCCUUUAUGAUCGUGGGAGAGGGAAGAUCUGAGUGAAACUUGUGACAAGCCUAGAUUUAUAUAGCAAUUUCCCUUCUUAAAGCUUCUACACUUUCUCAUUUUAUAACCCCAAUAUCUCUGUGAAAUAGGUAAGGACGAGUAACGGUAUCCCCGUUUAAUUAACAAGGAAAAUGAGACAGAACUAUCAAAUGACUUGCCUGGUUGGAGUCGGGACUAAAGUUGAGUUUCCUGCAGUCUAGUGUAAUGAUUACGAGGAUAGGUUCUGGAAUUAGACAGACCUAGGUUCUACUCUGAUCCUGCUCUUUACCGGCUGUGGGAACAAAGCAAUUGCUGAACUGCUAUAUGGGAACAAAGCAAUUGCUGAACUGCUAUAAAACUCAGUGUUCUCAACUGUGAAGUGGAGAUCUUGAUAAAUCUACCUCAUAGGGUGAUUGUGAGGAUUAAAUGAGAUCAUAUACGUAAAUUUCUUAGCACAGGGCUUGCCACAUGAGAAAAGCUAGAUAAAUGUUAGUGAUGACUAUUAUUAUAACAUUAUUAUUGUUGAGGAGGGAUAUGACUGUUUGAAUAGAUGCAACCGUGGUUCAGUGGAAAGCACACUGGAUUUUGAGCCAGAUCUGUGUUCAGAUUUUCAUUCUAUCACUUAAAAGCAUUGUGGCCGCAGACAAGUCACUUCCUCACCUUUCUUAGUCUUUAUGUGUUUAUUUGUCUAAUAGAAAUGAUUACCGCACAAGACUGUUAUAUAUAUUUUUAAAAA